AAUAAUGGGUGAUAAACCAAAACGUCCUCUAUCCGCCUAUAUGAUCUGGUUGAGCUCAGCCCGUGAACAAAUCAAAAAAGAUAAUCCCGGUAUUAAAGUUACGGAAAUUGCCAAAAAAGGUGGUGAAUUAUGGCGCGCCAUGAAGGACAAAUCGGAAUGGGAAGCCAAAGCCUUACAGGCCAAAGAAAAUUACGGCGAAGCGGUUAAAGAUUUUGAGGCGGGUGGUGGUGAUAUGUCGGCGAAUGGUGGCGGCAAGAAACGCGGUAAAGCCGCUAAGAAACCAGCGAAAAAGAGCAAAAAAGCCGCCGAAUCUGAAGAUGAGGAUGACGAUGAUGAGAGCGAUUAAAUUUAAAUUU